UCAUCAUGGCAGUAAGCAGAGCACUAAGAAAAAUGAAAAACGAUUUCUAUAUUUAUUUCCUUACAUUGAAAUAUGUUGUCGUAACACUUAGCCUGUAACUAUAAACCGAUAACGCAGCAUAUGUUGACGUCUAGAAGAAAAUGGACAGGUAGGCUACGUUUGAUGUGUAAUAUACUCUGUAGCCUACUGCCGAGUCGCAUCUCGAGGGUGCUCAACUGUGUCGCUUUAAUUGGAAGGAUUCCCAAGACCGUGUGGUUGCCGUUUGUCCUAUGAUUUAUGUUCCCGUGCUGAAUGGUACAGUAAAUCAAGCCGGGUACUGGCACGGCCGCGGUGUCCCACGUUCCUCUCUGAUCGUAAGUUUGUCUGACUCAGCUGCAGCUGGCUGUCUCCUCACCCUGCGACAUCCACUCUGCCCUGCCCGGCGUGUCAGCGCUCCAGUCGCCGUCUUCAGCGCUACACAGAGAACCGGUGGACUUGUGGAGAUGGCUCUCUUCAUCAUAGCUCUCCUGUCUCUCUCAGUUGCCAUGGUGGGAGUAGGAGGGGCUACUACAGCCACCACUCCAUCCAGUGUCCACUCAGUGUUCCAGUGCCACGACUGGGGAGAGUCAGGCGUUGGAGCUGUGCGGGUGAUGGAGGGGGAGGCAUGCUGGCUGCCCUGCCCUCUCUUCUCCCACCCCACUGUCUACAACUACAGCUCGAUCCAGGCAGCGGGCCUCAACCUAGUGUGGUACCACGUGGUUGCAGGUCAGGACAUGGAACAGCCCAUUGACUUCCACCACCCCGACCAGAGGCUCAGCAAGGAGAGGGAGAAGCUGUGGCUGCAGCCCACCACCACGCAGGACACGGGCCAGUACAUCUGCAUGCUGAGAAACAGGACACUGUGUGCCAAGAUUGCAGUGCGUCUGGAGGUGGUGCCAAGUGGCCAGGACCCUAAUUGUGAGGUGAAGGCUGCUGUGCCUCCCACCCAAGUCAUCGUGCCCUUACAGGAGGGCAGGAUCCUAACCUGCCCUGACCUGGAGGACAUCAAGCUGCCUAACACUAGCCACUCUGUCACCUGGUACCAUGAGUGUAAUGCCUUCAGGAACAUCGAUCGUGUGUUCAAAGGAGACAAGCUGGUCAUCCAUGUAAUGUUGGAGCACUACCAAGGACUUUACCAAUGUGUGGUCACUUACGAGACCAAAGGAAGAGCCAUCAAAUUCACCAGAGUGGUCAAUGUAACUGCAGUGUCUUCCAGUGGUUUACCCAAAAAGCCCAAUAUACUCAACCCUGCCAAGGAGCAACUCUAUCCCGUCAAACAAGGGUCAGAGGUGAAUCUCACAUGCAGGGUGUCUUUGCCCUACCUGGAAGGACCCAGGGAGACCUGGUGGACCAUCGAUGGGAAGACUGUAGAGCAGCUAGCUGAUCCCCGCAUCUCAUUUACUUCUAGGGUGGUGUUGGAAUAUUUUGGGGACUGGACAGUUGAGAAUGUGCUCCGCAUCCAGGACUUCAGCUCAGAGGACCUGACCAGAGAAUACAACUGCUCCGGACGCAACGGCCGAGAUGUAGCCACCCGCAGGGCAGUGCUAGAAGAGGAGAUGUACCUGCCAUCUGUGGAGCUGGACUGUGGCCUGGGCGUGACUCUGUUCCUGAUGCUGGUGCUGUUCGUGGUCUACCACAUCUUCUGGCUGGAGCUGCUGCUGCUCUAUCGCUCCUGGUUCGGAACCGACGAACGCUCUACAGACAAGGAGUACGACAUCUACAUCUCGUACGCGAGGAAUAGCGAGGAGGAGCAAUUUGUCCUUUUGACACUGCGCAGGGUCCUGGAGAAUGAACUGGGCUAUACCGUCUGCAUCUUUGACAGGGACAGGAACAGCCUUCCUGGAGGGAAUGUGUCGGAGGCUGUCCUCAGGUGUAUGCAGUCAAGCCGCCGGCUCCUGGUGGUCCUGAGCCCCGACUACCUGACAGAGAAGAGUGUCAGCCUGCUGGAGUGUCGCCUGGGCCUCUACAUCCAGCUCACCAGCCACGCCCAAAUCAUCACCAUCCUUUACAGCCCCCUCCCGAGACUAUUGGCCUCUUGCACUGAGGCCCAGCAGCUACGCUGCAGUACCGCCACCAUCACCUGGAGGGGACGCCAGUCGGAGCCGCCCACCUCUCGCUUCUGGAAGCGCCUGCUCCUGGCCCUGCCUGUGAGGCCGCUGGCCCUGGGGAGGAGGCUCAUCGACAGCACCUCGUCCCACUCCGACCUGGCCGCUUCGUUGGGCCUGCAGCGCCAGCAGCAGGAUGCCGCCAAGCCACAGAGGCAGAGGGACGGCAAGGGUGCUGCAGGCAGCGGUGGCAGAGGGAGGGGGCGCAAGUGGAGGAUACAGAGGAUACAGGAGGCUCGCAGCAGAGAGAUGUCAAAGGUUAAAGAGGUGGGCCACUUUAGGGAGCCCCGCGGGGUCUUGGGUAGUGCGGCGGCGAAGAUCCAGCUUCAUCAUCAACCCGUAGCAAACAGUAACAGACAGACCCAACCAGGACUUCACCCAAACAUCAGAGAGACCCAACCAGGACUUCAUCCAAGCAGCACAGAAACCCAACUAGGACGUCAUUCAAGCUGCACAGAAACCCAACCAGGACUUGACCCUAAGAGUACUGAAACUCAUCCUUCCCCUAACCAACCACAGAACUCUGAUAACGGUGCGUGCGACCUAGAUAACAAUAACUGCAACAAUAUCAGGCAUGGCUGUGCACUGUAGAACACUGUCUGAAGACAGGGGCAACUGCAAUAGACUUGACUCACAACUUGUUGGCGAAAUGCCAAGGACACAUCGCAUUGGAAUAGCAGACAACUUUGUUUCUUAAGUGAAAUAUAAAAGUGUUUGUGAUUGAUUGUCUGUUCUGUAUCUCAUUUGGUUCUUCACUGACCUAUCGAAGACGUCACUAGAUGUCAUCCAUUCACCAUUCACUGGCCUGGGUUGGUUU